AGAAUAAGUUAAAUUGUUGUUUUUCCAGUUAAUUGAACUUCUAAUGUUUUUGAACACCAUUUUUUGCCUUCCUGUUUUUAUCGUAAAUUGAGAAAUCUAGAAUUGAAACUGUGAAGCGAUGGCAACUCGGUUUACUCAGGUUUUACUGUAGUAACAACUAAUUUCGGCCAAAAAUGCGCCUUUGGUCAGGCAACCAGUCAUACAAUCUACGUAUUUAUUUCGAUUAUUUGAGCAAUUUCCACAUAAUUUGAAUAUUUAGACACACGGAAGUGUGCAAAAUUUCGUUCUGAAUAACUUUGCUCAUAACUUCCAUGAAGAAUCAAUGUCAAACAGUUUAAAAUCGCGACCCUGAUAAUACCAGUACUUGUUUGUUAUUCACCUUCGUCUAGAUUUUGUCGCAAAAUAAAAUAAUAAACUUGAUACUAUUAAUUUGAGUCUAGCAUUCUUGCAAAAUGGAUCCGCAUUUGAAAUCCUUAAUAUUGGAAAACCCCGUGUUCCGCAGUUAUUUAUUUUAUUCAUCUAUUCUGGCUUUAAAAAUGAUGUUGAUGACGCUUUUAACAAUCAGGCAACGACUUUUGAAUAAUGCUUUGGUUUCGCAAGAGGAUGCUGCGUUUUUAGGAGGCACUGUUUGUUGGACUAAUGAAAAAGUCGAACGGGUUCGAAGAGGGCAUAGAAAUGAUAUGGAAAGUAUUUAUUUGUUUUUACUGGUCGCUUUUGCGUACAUUUGGACAGAUCCAGAGCCUGUUUGGGCUGAUUACCUUUUUUUAACUUUCACAAUCGCUCGGAUUUUGCACACUGUUGUUUAUAAUGUGAUAGUUGUGCCACAACCAGCGCGGGGAUUAGCCUGGCUGGUGGGUUAUCUUAUCACAGGAUAUAUGGCGAUUAAAACGUACACAGCCUUUAAGUAAUUUUAUUGUGAUUUGUAAAUAUAGACUUUAAUAAAAGAAAUAAAAAAACA